AUGGCCAGCAGACUUCAAAACAACGAUAAUGAUAUAGGUCAACAAAGAAAAUUAAAUCUAGACCACGUUGAUUUUGAAACACAAAUUGCUGCAAGAGACUCACAGGAGAAUGAAGAUGGUGCCCACAAAAAAUCAAAUGAUGACAUCUACUUAGAGGUUGUUGGGGGUGCGAACAAGAAGGGGCGGAUUUAUGGAUUAGGUGCAGAGGCUGGAAAGUUCAAACGUUCUAAGGCCACAUCAUCUCAUGGCGUCUCACCCUCAGGGUAUGAGACAAUGAUAAAUCUUGUUUCUACUUUAACAGAGGAGAACAAGAAGCUAAAGGAAAAAAUGAAGACAUAUGAUGAAAAAUUUGAAUACAUGGACAGAUUCAUGGAGAGCUUUCCUCAAAGCCUGACUUCAUGCUCUGUUGAACAACCACCUACAAAUCAGCAUAACAUAGAUGAUGAAUAA